GCAGCAGCGUCACUCACUGCCACGUAGAGGAGAAGCUGCUGCUGCAGUUUUAUGUUUUCUGCGUGUUUUCUUCUUAAAUUUGCCUGAAGUUGGGUGUGUGGGCAUGUUGCUGGUCGUGCUGCUCGGCUCCUCCAUGCUGGCCUCCGUCGGCGGCGGGAAGCUGCCCGAAGCCGAGGUGGACAUAGAGGUUCUGCACAGGCCCUUCAUCUGUCACCGAAGGUCCAAGUACGGAGACAUGCUGCUGGUGCAUCAUGACGGAUACUUUGAGAACGGGACCAUGUUUUACUCCAGUCGAAGGCAAAAUGAGAAAGCAAUGUGGUUCACGUUGGGGAUCAGAGAAGUACUCAAAGGCUGGGAUGUAGGCCUGCAGGACAUGUGUUCAGGAGAGAAGAGGAAACUGGUAAUACCUCCAGACCUGGCCUAUGGGAAGGAAGGGAAAGGUAAGAUCCCACCGGAGAGCACGCUGACCUUCUUGGUUGAACUGCUUGAAAUCAGAAAUGGCCCGAGGUCUCACGAGUCCUUUCAGGAGAUGGACCUCAAUGACGACUGGAGGCUCUCCAAAUACGAGGUGAAAGAAUAUCUCAGGAAGGAGUUUGAGCGCCACGGCUACCCGCCCAAUGACACGUUACACGAGAACAUGGCGGCCGAUAUCUUCGCCAAAGAGGACACGAACAACGAUGGUUUCCUAUCUGCAAGAGAGUUCACCUACAAACACGACGAACUGUAACAUCACUGCUGUGGCUUGUUGCUUAAACACAAGAGACUCUCAGGUUAUUUAAAGCAGCAUGCUUGUGUGAAACACAACUGUGAAACUGGUUGCGUCACACCUUUUAAGCAGACUGUUUUGCUUUUGAGGCCAAGUUUUCAAUCAGAGAUAAGAUUUUUAAAAACCAAGAAUAGCAAAGAAGGUAAAUCAUUUGGCUUUCCAUUCGAACACAUAAGAUCAUUGAAGACAAACAGUUUUGUUCAGAAGUUUUCAUCUACUCAGCAGGGGCUAAAUGUUCUUUUAGUGGAAUAAGUAUACCACAAAAAACUUAAUUGUCUCUUGCAAUAGUCUCAAAACUUUAUAUAUACACCUUCACUAGUAGUUGGUUUGAUGUUUUUUAGGAAGUAGCAGAAAAACCAUACGGCUUGUGUGGGGCCUUGAACAAGCUCUGGAGCUAAAUAUUUUACCACUACUCAUCUUAUGAGAAAUUGCUAAAUUAUUUAAAAUGUUUCUCUUUUUCACCUGGACCUGGCUUUCAAGUACAUUUUUUCAUGUACGCAGCUGUAUGUCCAGAAUAAUGACUUUCAUGCCAAUUAUGAAGGUAUAUAAACUUCUGACCAGAACUGCAGGUCAAAUGACUCCACUCCAUCUUAAUUUAAAAAAAAAAAACCCUAUGGUGCUCACAGUUUUCCUACUGUAGAAAUGCCUUAUCUUUUUUUGUUGUCGUUGUUGACAUCUUUCUAAAGCUAAUUUUCUGAAUCCAUUUGGAUAGGAAAACAUAAACUCUCCAAAAACUUGAUUAUCAUCAAAACAAAUUUACCUUAAAAUCUGGAACAUGUGUUAUAUUUAUUGUAUUAAGCAUUAAAAUAGUUCUUUUAAACAGA